AUGACACCCCGUCGAUCAAGCAAACGAGUAGGACGGCCCCGUCUAGACACCACCGCCACCACCACCAACAGCACCGCCAUUCUCUCUCCCAAUCGUCGCACCCAAGUCCGUCGUGCUCAGCGCACAUACCGACUCAAGAAGGAAGCCGUGUUCCGAAAUGCGAUCGACAGAGCCGAGCAGCUUGAAGCGAGAUUCCGCAUCGUCAGGGAAGAGGUAGCAGGGCUACUCGCUGAUGUCGCCACUGAGGAACACCAACUACAUCCUACAAUCCAAACUCGCUUGAAACGACUUCAUGAGAUUCUCCUGUCCGAUGACGGUGAUGACACUCCCGUCGCAACCAGCACAGACAAUACUACAUCAUUACCCUCUUCCUCAUCCUCAUCCACAGAACCAGAUCCAUCUCCAUCCGCACAUCAUCAUCAUCACCAACAACCAACAUACCCCAAUAACCACCACCCUCUAACCCACAAUCAACCACUCACAUUCCUCCCCCCUCCUCUACCAACAAAACAUCACACCUACGCCUUCCACGAACCCCGUUUCAUGCGCAAACUCCACCGCUACACCCUCGAGCACGCCUACCGCCUCUUCACCGACCCGCGCUCCAACCCAUCCACCAUCUACCGCGUCUUCCGCCUGGUGCCUUGCAUCCGAGAUCCGCAGAAGACCCAACCGCGCUUCCAGCAGCUCUUGACGGGCGGGUGUACCGAUCCGCUAGAGGUACCGGGAUUACCCUUCUACGGUAUUGGCGGCGCGGGUACGCAUUUCCGGGGUGUUGACGGGGAUGUACCGCAGAAUAGGAGGAUGCCGGGGAGGGUGUUGGGGGUGAUGAGUAGUAGUAGUAGUAAGAGUAGGGAUGAUAUGCUGGAGAUGUAUGGACUCGGAGGGACGUGGUUUGAUUGUCGUGAUGUAGAAGGGUUUUUGGGGUUGAUGGGGGUGGAUAUCACUCAUGGGGGGAUGUUUCUGAGGUGUAGUGGGGUUGGAGAUGCUGUGGGGGAGUAUGUUUUGGAUGUUGAGGGGUUCUUUUCGAGGCUUCUUCCUGGGCUUGUGAUUCUUGGUCGUACGCCAGGGUUUAGGGAGGUGGAUGUUAGGCGGGCGUUGCAGGGUUCGGUGCGGAGGGUGGAUCGUAUAUAAUAAAGAUUACUUUAGGCUAGUUGUUUGCCUCGAAGCUUGGAUUGGGUUGAUUAUAUUAUCAGUGUGGGGGAUGGUUUCUAUGUUUCGGGUUUACGUCAGGCUAUGGACUAUAGGAGGAUAGCUGCUCUUAUU